CAUAAUGGUUCAUUUACGCAGGAAUUCUCUGAGUUUAUAAUAAAGCACUGCUGCUGCUGCUGCUGUGUACAAAACAGAGAGACUCAUAAUUCAGUUAUGGAAAUAUAGAGUGUGUGAGAAAGGAAAGAAAAGAGAAGAACAGGGAGUGUUUUGGGGAGGAGAAGAGUGACGAGGAGGAGGAGGGAUGAAAGAGAAAGUUCAGCAGAGAGAGAGAGAGAGAGAGAGAGAGAGAGCUGGUGAAAAUCAAACACUCAGCUUAUCCUGCACAAAAGCUUUUAAAGCAGUUGGAUGUCUGCGUGUCUUCACUUCACUGCUGCAUGCUGAUCUCCUGCCAUGAGUCAACUCUCCUAGAGCUCCAGCCGAGGAUCCUGCACUCGUCUCGCUCUCUCUCCUCGUUCUUCUUUCUCCUGCUGGUUUUAUAUCAGACAGAGGAGAGACUCUCAGGCUGCUGCAGGGAGGUACAGUAACAUCCAGCUGUUUUCUUCUCCAGCCUUUCUCUUUCUCUUUUAGACGUUGUUUUGUAGUGAGUAAAAGCUCGAAUGGUGGAUGAUCUCACACAGAGCUGAACUUCCUCCUACAUCUGUUUGCACUUCUUAUGCAAAUCCUGCGCUGCUGAUUUCUGCUGAUUUUGGCUCAUUUAGCUGCUGGGCUUCUUGCAUUCCUCAACUUUCUGUUUUGUUCCUUUUUACUCUGUAAAAAAAAAUCUUUUAUUUCCUGCUCAGUGCAGUUUGUUCUCCUGCAAUUAAAAUCAUACUGUUGUUGUUGUUGUUGUUGUUGUUGUUGUUGUGUGUGUGUGUUUUCACACAGAUCUGAUCCGGAUCGUCCCUGAGCUGCGUUUUCGUUUGAUAAAGCGGAUUAUCAGAGGAGCAGGAUGUGGUGGAUGAGGUUGUUGAUUUUGGGAUUUUGGUCAGCUCUUGUGGUGCUUGGCGCGAGUGAAGAUGCCAAACCGGAGCAGAAGGAAGUCAGCAGGACCAAACGCAGAGGAAACACGGGACAGCUCGGCCUCAAGGGCCCAAAUGUGUGUGGAUCACGACAACACUCGUACUGCUGUCCUGGCUGGAAGACUCUCACCGGAGGAAACCAGUGCAUUGUCCCAAUCUGCCGUAGUUCCUGUGGUGACGGGUUUUGUUCCAGACCAAACCUUUGUACCUGCCCAAAUGGACAGAUUUCUCCAUCAUGUGGCUCCAAAUCAGUUCAAAGCUGUAACGUUCGCUGUAUGAACGGAGGAACAUGUGCUGAAGAUAACUGUCUGUGUCAGAAAGGCUACAGCGGAGCUCACUGUGGCCAGCCGGUGUGUGAGUCGGGAUGUUUAAAUGGAGGAAGGUGUGUUGCUCCAAACCGCUGUGUGUGUACAUACGGAUUCACCGGAGCUCAGUGUGAACGAG